GAUCCGAAGUCCGAACAAAGCUCAAGCACCACCAACCCCACACCUUAAAGGCUUAAACACACAACACCCUCUCUCUCUCUCUUCGCCCACUCUUACCGUUAUUCUAGAGAGAGAAAACCCUAACCCUAAAACCAGAGAGAAACAGUCAGCCAUGGCGGGCAGCUCCGCGGCAGCAGCGAACCUGGAAGAUGUGCCCUCCGUCGAUCUCAUGACCGAGCUCCUCCGCCGCAUGAAGUGCUCCACCAAGCCCGACAAGCGCGUCAUUCUCAUCGGCCCACCCGGAUCAGGGAAAGGCACCCAAUCACCCAUAAUUAAGGAUGAGUAUUGCUUAUGCCACUUGGCUACUGGUGAUAUGUUGAGAGCCGCUGUUGCUGCUAAGACUCCUCUUGGGGUUAAGGCUAAAGAGGCUAUGGACAAGGGAGAGCUUGUUUCGGAUGACUUGGUUGUUGGCAUCAUAGAUGAAGCAAUGAAGAAGCCUUCAUGUCAGAAAGGUUUCAUUCUUGAUGGAUUUCCAAGGACUGUGGUCCAAGCACAGAAGCUGGAUGAGAUGCUGAAAAAGCAGGGUGCUAAAAUUGAUAAGGUGCUCAACUUUGCAGUCGAUGAUGCAAUCUUGGAAGAGAGGAUUACUGGUCGCUGGAUACACCCAUCCAGUGGUAGAUCCUACCACACAAAAUUUGCACCACCCAAGACUCCUGGCGUUGAUGAUGUAACUGGAGAACAUCUGAUUCAGCGUAAGGAUGAUACUGCACCUGUGCUCAAAUCGAGGCUGGAAGCAUUUCACAAGCAAACUGAACCAGUUAUUGGUUAUUAUUCCCAGAAAGGCAUUGUUGCCAAUCUUCAAGCGGAGAAGCCUCCCCAAGAGGUCACUUCUGAGCUUCAUAAAGUGCUCUCUUCGUAGAACAGGGUCCCUUUGCCUUUAGCUUGGAUAUAUUAUCCAGCAGUCCUGGCUCUUUUUUUAUUUAUGUCCAUUUACUUUCUGACAUACGAUUGAAUAUGCGAUUGUCUGCACGUUGUCUGCCGACUCUGCCCAUGUUCUGUUGAAUUUCAAACUGAUAGUACCGGCUGCUGUCUUAACUCUUGAGAGUUUAAUGAGAGGAGUAACUUGUGAAAUAAGAAUUAUGGAUUUCAGUCAGUUUAAUUUUGUUGAUUACUUUCUUGGAGUUCUACUGAA